AUGAACACAAUAACUGGUGGUGGUGCUGGUGUCAAUGGUGCACAACCAGUAAGAGGAUUACCAAAAUCAAUUUUACAAUAUAUUCCAGAACCAAUCCAACCAUUAUUUGAAAAUCCUUUAUUUUCAGCUGGUUUUGGUUUACUUGGUGUUGGUUCACUUGUUGCAAUUGGUAGAAAAGGUUUCCAAUCAGUAUUAAUUCAAGGUAGAAGAUACUUUUUUGUAUCUGUAGAGGUUCCAUCAAAAGAUAAAUCAUACCAUUGGUUAAUGGAUUGGUUAGCAACAAAAAAAGAUAAAACAACAAGACAUGUUAGUGUUGAAACAACAUUCCAUCAACAUGAAAGUGGUGAGAUUGUAUCAAAAAUUAAUUUUAUACCAAGUGUUGGUACACAUUAUGUAUUUUAUAGAGGUAGAGUCAUUAAAGUGGAAAGAUCUAGAGAAAAGAAUGUUAUUGAUAUGAAUUCAGGAAAUCUUUGGGAAUCGAUCACAUUAACAACAUUGGGUACAAAGAGAAAUAUAUUUCAAAAGCUAAUCGAAGAAGCUAAAAUAAUGGCAUUGGAUAAAGAAGAGGGCAAAACUAUUAUAUAUACAUCAAUGGGCACUGAAUGGAGAAGAUUUGGUCACCCCAGAAGAAAAAGACCAAUUGGAUCGGUUAUUUUAGAUAAAGGUAUUUCAGAAACAAUUAUAACGGAUGUCAGAAAGUUUUUAGGUAAUGCAGAUUGGUACAACGAAAGAGGUAUACCAUAUAGAAGAGGUUAUCUAUUAUAUGGACCACCAGGUACUGGAAAGAGUAGUUUUAUUACAGCAUUGGCAGGUGAAUUACAAUUAAGUAUAUGUAUUUUGAAUUUAGCAGGCAAAGGUGUAAGCGAUGUAACAUUAAAUCAACUUUUAAGUACUGCACCACAAAGAUCAAUUAUUUUAUUAGAGGAUAUCGACUCUGCAAUUCAAACCAAUGAAACCAACCAACCAUCAUCCUCCUCCUCAAACCAAUCAUCAAAUGCAAUUUCAUCAGGUGGCAUGCAAUAUCAAGGCUAUAGUGGACCAUCCUCAACAAUGCAAUACCAAGGCUAUGGCUCAUCACUCACAUUCAGUGGUCUAUUAAAUGCAUUGGAUGGUGUUGCCGCCUCUGAAGGUCGUAUCUUAUUUAUGACCACUAACCACUUGGAAAAAUUAAAUAAAGUUUUAAUUAGACCAGGUAGAGUGGAUUUACAAAUUGAAAUUGCAAACUCUUCACCAUACCAAUUAGAAAAAAUGUUUUUGAAAUUUUAUCCAGAUCAUCAAGAAUUAGCUACACAAUUUGUCGAUAAAGUAAAACAUCUUAGCUUAAGUCCUGCUCAACUUCAAGCCUAUUUUAUGAACUUUUCAACCGACCCAGUUGAAGCUUUAGAAAAUGUAAAUCAAUUAAAUUUAAAUAAAUAA